CAACUUCUCUUUUGCUUCCAGCACAGAGUGGAUUUUCUUCAGUUGAUGAUGAACACUCAAAUUAAUUCCAAAGACAAAGAAUCUCAUAAAGUUCUGUCUGAUGCAGAAAUCAUGGCCCAGUCAGUUAUUUUUAUUUUUGGUGGCUACGAAACUACCAGCAACACCAUUGCCUUUGCCCUGUAUUUACUGGCCACUCAGCCUGAUAUCCAGAAGAAACUGCGGGAGGAGAUCAAUGUGGCUCUGCCCAAUAAUGCACCUCCCAGCUAUGAUAAAGUGAUGGAGAUGGAGUACCUAGACAUGGUGCUGAGUGAAACCCUCAGAUUAUACCCAGUUUCUGACAGACUUGAGAGAGUCUGUAAACAAGAUAUGGAAAUGGGUGGUGUGUUUAUUCCCAAGGGGUCAGUAGUGAUGAUACCAAUUUUUUCUCUUCACCGUGACCCACAGUACUGGCCAGAGCCUGAAGAAUUCCGCCCUGAAAGGUACUAGAAUUCCAGUAUUUGGAACCCACUAUGAACUG